GCUGUCUCCUCUACAAUAAUAGUUUCACUUGACUUCACAACAACUGCAUUUAACUCAUCUGCGGAUUAACCAAAGAUCCAUUUCUCUUGUCCUACAGUAACAUCAUUUUGGAGGUGAAAUGACAUCUCAGAGCACGAAGGUGGUGCUCUCACUGGACGCCGGAGCAGUCAGCUCGCUCAAAGAGGGCAUCAAUUUCAAGAAAAGCCCAGAUGACGGUAAAUGUUACAUCAUAUACAAGAGCAACGAUGACUUUAGAGCAUGCAAAAACCAAUGCAGACAUCAGGGAGGGUUAUUCAUCAAAGACAUUGAAGACCUGGAUGGCAGUGUUGUUAAAUGUACUAAACACAACUGGAAGCUAAAUGUGUCAACCAUGAAAUAUGUGAACCCGCCAGACAGCUUCUUGCAGGACGAGCUCGAGGUAGAGAUGUUGGAUGGUGGGGGGCUUCAGUUGGUCGAGUUGAGCCCCAUCGACCCCUGGCUGUCUGACCCUCGGGAACCUAUGGAGUUGCAGGAAGGCGAAGUGAAAGUGACGUACAUAACCCACGCCUGCAUGGAACUGCAGCUCGGAGAGAAGCGGUUCAUGUUCGACCCGUGGCUGAAGGGUCCCGCUUUUGCCAGAGGCUGGUGGCUUCUCCAUGAGCCUCCUGCAGACGCCAUGGACAGACUCUGUGCAGCGGAUCUAAUCUACAUCAGCCAUAUGCACUCAGACCACCUCAGUUAUCCCACACUCAAAGACUUGUCAGAGAGGAGGCCAGAUAUCCCCAUUUAUGUUGGUGACACAUCCAGACCAGUCUUUUGGUAUUUGGAGCAAAGCCAAGUCAAGCUGAGCAAUAUCAACGUCAUUCCUUUCGGUGUCUGGCAAAAUAUUGACGAAUACCUGAGAUUCAUGAUCCUGAUGGAUGGUGUACAUCCUGAAAUGGACACUUGCAUUAUUGUUGAGUAUAAAGGUCACAAGAUCCUGAACACUGUGGACUGCACAAGGCCAAAUGGGGGCAGAUUACCACAGAAUGUGGACUUGAUGAUGAGUGACUUUGCCGGAGGGGCAUCUGGAUUCCCCAUGACCUUCUAUGGAGGGAAAUACAUAGAUUCCUGGAAGGCAGAGUUUAUCAAGAAUGAAAGAAAGAAGCUGCUGAACUACAAAGCACUGAUGGUGAAAUCCCUGCAGCCAAGGAUCUACUGCCCGUUCGCUGGCUAUUUUGUAGAGGCUCAUCCAUCAGACAGAUACAUCAAGGACACAAACACUAAAAACAGUGCAGAGGACCUCAACGCACUCAUUAAUAAGACUGCACCAGAAAUCAAGACAUGGACGCCCAAGCCAAGUGCUGUACUGGACCUCGGCCUCGCUCUGAGAGACCCUGCCAACAGUGAGGCCAUUACCAAUCCCCCGACUCAUGCAAAAAUCUACAAGGACAGUUGGGAGUUUGACUUGUAUGUGGAUGAACUGAACAGUGCCAUCAGCAAUGAGAUAUUUAAACACCAAAGCUGGAUCCAGUUUUAUUACAACUGGGCAGGCUUUCAAAACUACAACCUUGUAGUACGGGUCAUUGAGACAGAUGACAACUUUGAACCGGUCACUAAAGGCUACGACUACUUGGUGGACUUCUUGGACUUGUCGUUCCCCACCAAAAGGCCAGACAGAGAGCAUUCCUACGUAGAGAUUAAGAACAGGAUUGGAGUGAUGAGAUACAUAGCGGUGCACGGUCGUCUGUGGGAUGAUUUGUACAUCGGAUUCCAGAACCGCAUAAACCGAAACCCGGACGUCUAUCACCACAAGUUCUGGAACCACUUCCAGACAGAGUUACCAGUUCAAAGGCCAGACUGGGACCAGUUUCUGCAGCAGGUGCCUUCCAUCCAGAAUAAUGACACAUCAAAGGAUGAGCGAGAGGAGUUGAGCUCCUGUGCAGUGGCAUGAAUUUGGGUUUUUUGUUUAUGAAGAUGAAGUAAUUGAUUGUGACUAAUGAUCUGCUUUAUUUUGAUAAGUUUGCAUGGUGGCAAAACGGGUAAAAGUCAACAAAAGGAAAACUUGAUAAAACAAGUCUGUCCAGUCAAGACACAAAAAAUCAGUUUACAGACUCUUGAGACUUGCUUUAUGUAAAUAUGUAUUAUGUAAUCUAUCAGAAAUGUCAAGGUGGUAUCAAUGUACAUUAUUAUUGUGUACUAAUGUAGUUUAACCUUAGUCUGACUGAGGUGCCUGCAGAACCCGUAGGUAUUCUUCUUAUCACAUGGCACAAGCGCUUCAUUCUGCCAUUCCAGUUAUUCACGACUUUGUCAGCAAUUUGUUCCUAAUCACCUCAUUUAAUUGUUUUAUGUUUUAAUUAAUUUAAUUCGACUCUGAGUCCUAAUAAGAAGUAUCACACAUUAUCAGGGGGUAGGGGCACUCUGUCAGUCAUUUUGAAGGUGUUUUGGAAAGAAUGUAAGGGUAUAAAAGCUGCUGUUUGUAUCAAAGAAACAUAUUUAUUUUCGUUUUUACAUAAUAUGCAAAUUAACUGUAACUUUCCUAAAAUAAUGAUGAUCUGUUGUUUUUUUCUCAGGUGACAUUAACUACAUAACUAAUAAUGUUUUGGAAGGAAUAAGUUAACAUUGACAUUUUGCUAUGAUUGUUGUUUCUUACAGUACAUUAUUCUUGGGAUCCCCAUGGACCCCAGUCACAGUCCUUGUAUGUUAAAUAUGUUGAAGGAUAAGGGAUAAAGCCAGACUAUGUAACCUUUGAAAUAAAAUAAAAAAUUAUGAAGAUUUCUCCAAAAAAUGAAAAGUUGAAUUCAGGGCAAUAAACUCUCCCGGAAGUUCAAUAAAGUCCCCCCCAAGCUCAACACAGUAAUGGCGCUUUUCCACUACACAGUUCCAGCAUGACUCGCCUCGACUCACCUCGGUUCUUUUUGCGUUUCCACUAGGGAAAGUACCUGGUACCUGGUACUUUUUUAGUACCUGCUCUGGUGAGGUUCCAAGCGAGUCAAGCCGGUACUAAAAUGUGACGUCGACACACUGCUGGCCGCUGAUUGGUAGUUGUCGCUGAAAGAGUCAUGAGCCGUCCCACACAAGAAUCAUUUUUAAAUACCGGCAGCAGCGUUACAACCAUACGUAUGGAGUUAGAUUUGUUUCAUAAUGAUGUGUGUGUGCAGAUCGACAAUCUGUGUGUAAAUAUGUAAUCUGUAAAUAUAAACACCUUCCACAAAUACAAAAAAAAGAUUUGUAUACUCACAAAAAUAUUUUGCAAAUAUGAAACGGAUUUGCAAAUACACAAACAAAUUCCACAAAUAACAAAAAUAUCUGUGAAUACAUUAAAUUAAUUUACAAAUAAAUGAAAAGCAUUUUUGAAUAUCUUCCUAACAUUUACAACUUUCAAACAGGCAUUUGUGAACUCAGUUUUUAUUUGUGAAUCGAAAAAACAUUUGUGGAUCUCAAUUCUACGCUUGUGGAUUUGCUUUUUACACUGGAGUCGGGUCAGACUGCUGACUUUUAACCCACUCGUCUCGAGAAACAGACGGAGGCAGAUCAGGCCAUUAAAUUCACUGAUAAUUCUAGGGGUUCACAUACUUUUGCCUCACA